AUGGAGUCACUCAUUGGGUCACCACCACGUAGCUGCCACUACUUUUCUGAUCAUGCAGCUGUUCAUAGCAGUAUUCGGGUAGAGAAGCUUGUGACCAAAGCUAAAAAAGUCACUUACAGGAAAACUAAGAAUGUGGAUCUGCAAUGCCUUAGACAAGAUUUAGCAGUGUCCGAUUUGUGAACGCAGGAACACGGCGAGCACUUAAUAACUAAUCAUGAAGGCCUUGAUAAGCUUGUCUGUAGCUACAAUACCGUUCUCAGCAGCAUAACUAAUAGUCAUGCACCCCUCAUAACGAAAGUUGUAAGAUCAAGGCCACAAGUGCCCUGGUACAAUCAAGAGAUAGCUGAAGCAAAGAGAAAGAGACGUAGGGCUGAGCGAGUCUGGAGGAGAUCAGGGUCUGCUGAAGACCUAUUGGUGUUUAAACGAUUAAAAAACCAUGUAACAUACAUCAGUAAUAAGGCGCGCAAGCAAUUUUAUGUGAACUUCAUAAACGAACAGGAUGGCGAUCAGCGCAAACUUUUUAAGGCAACUAAAGCACUGCUCUUGCCAAAAAGUGAUUUAUUCUUUCCUGACUAUCAUAAUAACACCGCUCUUGCAAAUCAUAUCGGAAGCUAUUUUCAUCGUAAGGUAAUUAAUAUUCGCGAAGAGCUUGAUGUUGCUCACGCUAGUCACGACGAGCGUGUUAGGGUGAUUGAUGAUCCUGAGUUUAAUACUGAACAUGAUCGAUUAUCUAACUUUAAGGAACUCACCCAGGAAGAUGUACACCAACUUAUUAGAGCUUCAACCAAGAAAACGUGCAUGCUUGAUCCUAUGCCCACUUCUCUGUUAACAAAUUGCCUCGAGGAAAUUCUUCCAGUUAUCACAUCUAUGAUCAAUUCUUCUCUGUCCCUUGGAUAUGUUCCAACUGAGUGGAAAGCUGCUCUGGUCGACCCACGGCUAAAGAAACCUGGCUAUAAUGUCUCUUUUCCAAAUUUACGACCAGUGUCUAACCUACAAUUUGUGGCUAAAUUGACAGAAAAUGUGGUUUGCAACCAAACUCAAGAUCAUAUAUUGCAGUCGGACUUAUAUCCGGUGCUCCAGUCAGCUUAUCGGACAGGUCACAGCACUGAAACAGCUCUUCUGAAAGUCCACAAUGACAUCUUGUUAAAUAUGAACAAUCAGAAGGUUACUCUACUUGUACUGCUUGACUUCAGCUCAGCGUUUGACACAGUGGAUCAUCAAGUCCUUCUUCGUCGUCUUCGAGUAACGUUUGGAAUAACGGGUGAUGCGCUUGAAUGGUUUCGGUCUUAUUUAUCUGGCAGAUCACAGCGAGUAGUAAUAAAUGGAAGCCAUUCAAGGGAAUUUCCUCUGAUGUAUGGUGUCCCUCAGGGCUCCUGCUUAGGGCCACUACUGUUUAUAGUAUAUUCUAGUAAGCUAUUUGAAGUCAUAAAGAACCACCUUCCUGACGCCCAUGCUUAUGCUGACGAUACUCAGCUGUACAUCUCAUUUAAGCCUGAUUCUACUGCUAGUGAAUUAGAAGCAGUAACUUCAUUGCAAAACUGCAUAGCUGAUAUUAAGACAUGGAUGACCGUGGACAAACUCAAGCUGAAUGAUGAUAAAACUGAAUUUAUUAUAACUGGAACUCGUGCACAACUGAAUAAGAUAAAGAUAACAGAGUUAAGAAUUGGUCAG